CAGUCGUCCACACCCACCCCGGCUGCCGUAUCGGUUCCUCCCUCUUCGGCAGCUCAAUUUGCCAGCCUGGUUGUAGGAUUAACACCGCUGCUCUGCUGCAACAGAUGUCUGAGAGCGAGCCAGCUGAGUAGAGGACUCCCCUCUCUGCCCGAGCUUGUCACCUGCAGCCAUGAAUGGCGGAGCAAGUGUGUGGGCCAUCACUCCAGAAGAGAGGGGGAAACAUGAUAAACAGUUUGACACCCUCACCCCCGUCCUCGGCUAUGUGUCCGGAGAACAAGCCAGGAAAUUCUUCCUCCAGUCUGGCCUGCCUCCUCCUGUCUUGGCUGAGAUCUGGCACUUAGCUGACAUAGACAGCGAUGGAAAAAUGGACAGAAUGGAGUUUUCCAUCGCUAUGAAGCUCAUCAAACUCAAACUCCAGGGACGAAACUUACCAUCCUCCCUACCAGUAAUCAUGAAGCAGUCUCCUGUCUCCAAUUCUGCUUCAAUCAUGCCUUCGUCAGCUCGCUUUGGAAUGGGUUCUAUGCCAAACCUGUCGAUCGGUCUGUCAUCCAUGUCAGCUAUGUCAGCCAUGUCCAUCCUAACACCCAUCCCAGCUAACCACUCUAUGCGCCCCAUGCAACCGUUUGUGCCAACUCCAAUGACACUGCCCCUCAUCUCCUCCCUGGGAAAUUCUGGACUCCCCAAUGGCAAUGUCAACCUCCUCACCCCACCUCUUGUUCCUAACAACACAGCGCUACCUCUCUCUGGAUUCUCCUCCCCUAUGGCGUUCUCUCCGUCCACUGGUAUGUCAAAUGCCAAUUCACUCCUGGACCUUGGUUCUAGCAGUUCAAAUUCUUCCUCCACCACGUCGUUGGCCAGUAACUCUCCGAAGACCGGGGCUAGUGAUUGGGCUGUUCCACAGGCCUCAAGACUCAAGUUCCGUCAGCAGUUCAACACGCUGGAUAAACUCAUGAGUGGCUACUUGUCAGGACCUCAAGUGAGAAAUGCACUGAUUGCAUCGAACCUGACCCAGACUCAGCUAGCUACCAUCUGGACUUUAGCAGACGUGGAUAAGGACGGUCAGCUACAAGCUGAUGAGUUCAUUCUGGCCAUGCACCUGGUGGACAUGGCGAAAACUGGCCGGCCUCUUCCCCUCACACUGCCUCAAGACCUGGUACCUCCCUCACUCAGAGGAGGGAGCAAGGCCAGUGAGCUUGUAAAUGGAACGGGGCCCUACAUCUCUCCCUGUUUAUUAGACACAGCAGAGAUAGAAGCUGCACAGAAGAACAAGAGCAGUGCUUCCUUUGAGGACAAGCUGAAGGAGAACUUUGCGAAAGGCAGUGCUGAGCUGGAGAAGCGGCGUCUGGCUCUGGAGGAUGCGCAGAGAAAAGAGAAAGAGAGAAGAGAGCGGGAGGAGAGAGAGGAGAGGGAGAGGCGGGACAGGGAGGCCAGGGAGCAGGAGAACAGGAGGAGGCUGGAGGAGGAGAGGCGGUUGGAGAGGCAGAGAGAGAUGGAGAGGCUGAGGGAGGAGGAGAGGCUGAGGGAGCUGGAGAGGAAGGAGGCAGCGAAGCAAGAGGUGGAGCGCCAGAGGAGGGAGGAAUGGGAACGUGCAAAAAGAGAGGAGCUGGGAAGGAGGAAAGAGGGGGAGCAGGAGGAGAUCUUAAGACUCAGGGCCAAAAAGAAAAGUUUAGAGUUGGAGCUGGAGGCUGUGGGCACCAAGCACAAGCAGAUCUCAGACUGUCUGCGAGAUGCUCAGAGCAAGAGGCGGAUCCUGAAGGCAGAGGUGGAUCUUGUGAAUCAGAAAAGGGAUGAACGCAUCCUGGAGAUCAAUACGUUGCAGCUUCAGUUUGAGGACUGGCAGAGAAAGCUCUCCCUGCUGGUCCCAGAACAGCAGAGGCUGACUGAAAAGCUGCGAAGCAUCAGCCUCAACAAAAUCUCCUCUACGUCUUUGACCACUAUGACCGGUAACGUGAAGGAGAAAGGUGUAAACUGUCGGAGGCUUAAAGACCAACUCGAUACUCUGGAGAGAGAAACCACAGAUAAACUGUCUCAGAUGGAGGAGUACAACAAGGAGCUGAAGGAGCUGAGGGAGAAGCAGGUGCGGCAGCAGGCUGUCCUGGAUGACCUGCACAGAGUCAAAGAGGAGAAACUUCGGGAGCUGCAGCAACGCAGGGAGGAGGAGAUGGAAAGGAAAAGGAGAGAGGAAGAGGAGGCAGCCAGACAAGCAAAGCUAGAGGAAGCGAGAAGAGAGCAAGAGAAGAGGGAGAAGGAGGAAGAGGAGGCGAGACAAAGGAGGCUUCUUGAAGAGCAGAGGACCAGACAGAGGGAGGAGGAGGAGGAGAGAGAGGCAAAGGCUCGCCUCUGGGCAGCUCAGGAGAAAGCACAAGAAGAGGAGAGAAGAAGGAGAGAAGAGGAGGAAGAGAGGAAGAGGAGAGAGGAGGAAGAAAGGAAGCAGAAAGAGGUGGAAGAGGAGGAGGAGAAGAAGAGGAAGGAAGAACAGGAGAGAGGAGCACAGCAGUUGGUGGUGUUGGAUCAGCAAUCUCCCAAGCUGACGUCAUAUAAAGCUCUGUACUCGUUUGUCGCCCGAAAUGCGGAUGAGCUGAGUAUAGAUGCAGACUGCCUGAUAGAGGUGGAUGAGCAGACUGUCGGUGAGCCUGGCUGGUUGUGUGGAACUUACUGUGGAAACAGGGGCUGGUUCCCCCAGAGUUACGCAAAGAAAUGUCCUGCUUCUCCUGUGACUGAGUCGACCCCUUUAUCAGCUGUGGAUGCAGCCUUUUCACAACUGCUACUUAACACAGGAGUCCCAGAUGAAAAGGAAGCAAGCAACAGCGCUGUUCCCACUCAGUCAGAUGCUUCACAGUUCUCCGUCCCUCUGCUGGCUCGAGCCGUCUCCUCAUGGUCAGCCACCUCAGACACUCACCUUAACUUCUCCUCCGACACGGGUGACACAGUCACUGCACUGCUGAGCUUCUCACAGGGUGACAUCAUCAGCGUGUCGCAGCAGAGGGAAGACUGGUGGCUGGGACAGCUGAAUGGGACACAGGGGUGGUUCCCCAAGAGCUAUGUCACUCUGGAGACGGGUGACAAUUCAGACGUGGAUGCAUUUGACACAUGUGACUCUGUUCAGCUAGAGGAGUAUGUGGCCUUGUACACAUACGAGAGCCCAGAGGCGGGGGACCUGACUUUUGUUGAGGGAGAUGUUGUCAUGGUGACAGAGCGAGAAGGAGAGUGGUGGCGAGGAUGCAUCGGGGACCAGAUGGGGGUUUUCCCUUCCAACUAUGUGCGACCUGUUGAGCCAGAGGGGACGAGACCUGGAGUUCCACCCAAAAAGCCUGAGAUCGCCCAGGCAGUCACCACCUCUGUUUCCCCGAUGAUGCAUCAGCUGCAUCUGUCGCCAGGGCAACUGAUAGUGGUCAUGGCCAAGAACUCCACCGGAUGGUGGCUCGGGGAACUGCAGGCUCGAGGCAGGAAGCGGCAGAGAGGCUGGUUUCAUUCCUCUCACGUCAAACUGCUCGGUCCCUCCAGCAGCAAGUCCUCCCCCUCCCCUCUGCCAGGUGAGGCUGCAAGACAGCCUGCGUGUGAUCGGGUGUGCCAAGUGAUUGCCAUGUAUGAUUACACCGCUGCCAAUGGGGAUGAGCUGAGCUUCUCGAAAGGUCAGCUGCUCAGCAUUUUAGACAAAACCAACCCUGACUGGUGGAAAGGAGAAGCCAAUGGGGUCACAGGCCUGCUGCCCACCAAUUAUGUCAAGAUGACGACAGAAUCAGACCCCAGCCAACAAUGUACAGUAGAUUCCUUAUCCAUGUCAGAGCUUGGAGAAACGGAGGGGUGUGCUGACCUGAUGACGCUGGACUCGAUGACCCCUCAGGAGAGGAAGAGACAGGGGUACAUCCAUGAGCUCAUCCAGACUGAGGAGACCUACGUGGAAGACCUGGAACUGGUUCUAGAGGUCUUCUACAAACCCAUGUCUGAGUCAGGCCGGCUGACAGAGGAGGAGAUGGGAGUGAUCUUUGUCAACUGGAGGGAGCUGAUUAUGUGUAACACCAAACUACUCAAAGCCCUGCGUGUCCUUAAGAAGACAGGAGGAGAGAACAUGCCGGUCCAGCUGAUAGGAGACCUGCUGGCCUCUGAGCUUGCUCACUUGCAGCCCUACAUCCGCUUCUGCUCCUGCCAGCUCAACGCUGCUGCCCUGCUACAAAAUAGAACCUACAACCAGCCUGACUUUAAAGACUUCCUCAAGAAAAUAGCCACCAACUACCGCUGUAAAGGAAUGCCGCUGUCCAGUUUCCUCCUCAAGCCCAUGCAGAGGAUCACACGCUACCCACUCCUCAUAAAGAAUAUCCUGGAGUACACCCCGGACGCUCACGCAGAUCGAGGCCCAUUGAGAGAUGCUUUGGAGCAAGCAGAGGAGCUGUGCACUCAAGUCAACGAGGGAGUCAGGGAGAAGGAGAACUCAGACAGACUGGAGUGGAUCCAGAGCCACGUCCAGUGUGAGGGAUCCAUAGAGCACUUGGUCUUCAACUCGCUGACUAAUUGCCUCGGGCCUCGCAAGUUGCUCCACAGUGGACGGCUUCACAAAACCAAAAGCAGCAGGGAGCUGUGGGUUUUCCUCUUUAAUGAUUUCCUCCUCCUCACGCACAGCGCCAAACCCUUCUCCUCCUCAGGAUCAGACAAGCUGUUCAGCCUCAAGACUAACAUCCAGCUGAAGAUGUACAAAACACCGUUGUUCCUGAAUGAGGUUUUGGUGAAAAUGCCUCCCGACCCGUCCAGCGAUGAGCCGCUUUUCCACGUCUCACACAUUGAUCGUGUCUACACUCUCAAAACUGAGACUUUGAAUGAGAGGACUGUGUGGGUCCAGAAGAUCAAAGCAGCUUCUGAACAUUUCAUAGAGACGGAGAAGAAAAAGAGAGAGAAGGCUUACCAAGCACGUUCAUUAAAGACCAGCGGUAUCGGCAGACUGCUGGUGACUGUCACUGAAGCUCAGGAGCUCAAAGCCUGUAAACCUAAUGGUAAGAGUAAUCCGUACUGUGAGCUCACCAUGGGGGCUCAGUGUUACACCUCCAGGCCCAUCAGCGACACUCUGAACCCAAAGUGGAACUUCCACUGUCAGUUCUUCAUCAAAGACCUGUACCAGGACGUGCUGUGCAUCACUGUGUUUGAGAAGGACCAGUUCUCACCAGAUGAUUUCCUGGGUCGCACCGAAGUUCCCGUGGCAACAAUAAAGAAAGAAAUGGAGAGUAAAGGUGCUGCAAAUCGCCGCCUGCUGCUGCACGAGGUCCCCACUGGAGAAGUUUCAGUCAAACUGGACCUGCAGCUUUAUGAGCCGACCAAAUGACAACAACACAAGCUCAGCAAAAAAACACCACUUAUUUCUAGAGUAAUGAAGAGAACACGUUACACUGAAACAAUCAAGCACAACUUUAAGUGCCUUUUGAGCCAGAUACGCUCAUUUAAGGGACUUUGAUAUAAGAGAGGAAACCUCACAUCCUUGUGAAAUUGGCCACAGGAUUCAUCUUGUACUGUAAAACAAGGAUGUCCAUGUUACCAACAAAUCAGCUGAUGUGAAUGUGUUUGCCAAUGUUUUCAUGUUAAAUGCACAGAAGUGGAAUUUUAAAAAGUGCGUGCCUUCAAGUGUAAACAUUUGAGUUUGUCAGAUGGUAAAAUGUUGUAAUAUACAUUGUCACAGUCUUCAAUCGAAUACACUUUUACUGAUGUCACAUACUGCUUCACACAUGCUUGCAAUUUUUUUCAUUACAGAUGUUGCACACUACUGUAUGAAAACAUUUCAACCCUAUGGUGUAACUAUGGGGUUUGUUCUUAAUUAAGGCCAUUAAAUCCUUAAUGUGGCACAAAUAAAAUGUACACACAGA